GCAUUCCUUUGCUAGUUGGAACCUGAAACUAUUACUGGGGAUCAGUGAUGGCUGUUGCGUCCUAAUUUGGACAUAUGGCCAUCACGGAAUUUCAACAGGUUGCAUUAGUUUACUUACUGUGACCUCACAACAGUCACCAUGUCUCACAAGAUUGCAUUAGUUUGCACCUGGGACCUCAUGAGAGUCACGGGGGGGGGGGUUGGCAGACUUCACCACUUUCCUGAUUUUGACCUCAUAACUCUUUUAAAAUAAAAGACGGAAAUAUGAGAGACAAGAUUUACUGCUCUAAUAUCUGGACACAAUUUUUAAAUUAUUAUAUUUUAAUUUGUAUAUAUGAAUGUUAAGCUAUGAUAUUAAUUAUUUCAUAAGUUUGGUUACGUAAUUGUUACAAAUUUAAUUUUCUGGCGGACACCCCAAAAGAUGACUGAAGUGGUGGAAAUUAAUCCGUUAUUGGCUAAACUGCAUGCUAUGUCGUGAGGUUGUUUCUUGAAUUGAAUAUAUCAAAGAUGAGACGGACAACAAUGAUAUCUCUAAAAUUAAGAGGCAAUUCUGCUUGUUUUAGUAUCAUGAACAAUUUUCUCCUGGGUUUCCUUCCUCAUUGCACGUAAUGCAUACGUAAUGUUGAUAUACAGUGCAAAAAUUUUAGAUUUGCACAGAUCACGUUCCUAACCCAAUCCAAUUCACUUCUGCUGCACCAAAAGGUUUCAUUCCAUGCUUUUGUGUGCAGGGUCUCGCCAAGUACCACGCCAUGUCUCUUGCUUUGAAACUGCUGAACCCGAAACAAUUUCAGAAAAUUCGAGAGUCCAUCCAAGAAGUAAUUUAUGUCGAAGACGCAGCCAGACUCUUCAGCGUGUACUUUGAAAACUCACUUAAAAUGGCAACUGAAUGUCUUCGUUCUAUAUCCCACAACGACGGUAGUUUUGAUGCAGAUAUCAAGAAGAUAGAUGGCUUCAGUGGUAACGUAUUCAGGAUUAUGUGUGAACUUGUGAAGCCGAAAGAACCAUGGUCUGUCAUCUGCCAUGGAGACUGCUGGAGCAACAAUUUUCUGUUCCGGUACAGUCAGCCGAGACAAGUCGAGGAAGUGCGAUUGUUGGACCUGCAAGUUGGCCGCUAUGCCUCUCCAGCUACAGACAUUCUGCAUUUCCUUUACACUAGCACUCAAGCCGGCAUGAGGAAACGACAUUAUGACCACCUUCUUCGUGUAUACCACAGUACCUUGAACGACACUGUGCGUCGUCUCAUGGCAGGUUCUCCUUACGAAAACACAGAAGUUUUUAUGCCGUUCCAACAACUACAGGAUGAACUCGAGAAACAUCGGGUUUACGGAUUCCUUAACGCCCUUUGGUUACUUCCUGCCGUUCAUGCUGACGCAGACAACCUUCCGGAUUUGGAAACCAUCACAGAAGACGACCUUUUUUCCCAGGAGACCUUGGAUAAUUUUGUAUCUCACCAAACCCCAACAUACAGACAGAGUAUUAGAGACCUUGUUCAUGAAUAUAGAGCUCACGGCUAUGUGUAGACCCCGUGAACACUCUGUGCCCUUUCCGUGUUCACACUCACCCACAUAUGAGGCUUCACACUGGGAAUCGCUUUCGUGCAGGGGCUGUCGCAUGAAGCCGAAUAUCCUGCGAACAAACCCAUCGCUUCAGCACACGAUCCGUAUGGAUGACCCAGUCCCAGGAACACUUUGGCCACUGGAUAUCCCAACAAAUCCCAAGA